AUGCGUGUCUGCGGAUUCGGCGUACUACCAAUACUCUCCGAUAUCGUCACCAGUCCCAGCUCUUUCCCUGUGAAUCCAGUUCUGGAAGAUACCCCUGGGUCCAAGGAAGAUCACGGUACGAUGCCAAAAGCCAACGACGCAGACGACGAGUCAGAGAUGGAAGAAGGAGAGAAAAGAUACUCGAAGAAGGCAUCAGAUUCUGAUGUUCUACGUCGGACAAUAAUAGCGGAGAAUGUCGCCCACAAGACAGAAAUCCUACCAAGACAAUCGCACAGAGCGGACACCUGAGCCACAGCUGCUAGACUUCAAGUGGAUGCAUGGACAGCACACGGGCGAGGCUGUUGGAAAGGAAUUACUCAGAGUUCUCGACAAACUCUUCAUCGUUACUUGCCUCUUCCUCCUAGGCGUCCACGCCUUACCCACGGAGCUGUCCAACGCUACUGCGACAUGGAGCGCUACCGCAACAAAGAUAGUGGAACGCGCCGGACCCACCUUCACGCUUGACUAUAGGACCUACCCUCAGUCAUCCGAGAACAUCUGUUUUUCCUGGUUCUGUAACAACGGUUCUCGCUCUGUAGCUCCUGACCUCACCAAUGCAACUACCCAUCGUGCUAGCAACAGUUGUGGUAACGUUAACCCAAACCGGUGCAGCGUCCGCGCGGGCCAUGCAAGUGGGUACCAGUGCGAUGAAUGGCAUUGGGCAAACUCUAAUGCCGGUGGUGCCAAUGCUGCUACGAGGUGCAUUCCCACUUCUGAUAAUACCGGAUCUGGUUCGCAAUGGGGGAAUUUCAUCAAUAUAUGUCUCAUCUGUUUCUGGUGGGUUAAUACUAAUCCCCCGGUGGUCAUGCGCAUACAGAACAGAGGCUCUCAAGCUGUUGGACGUGUUUUACGGGAUAGGGUUGAUUUUGCCCGAAUUGAGAUCAGCAAUGUCCCAACAACUGCAGAAUUCUGCUUGGGAGUGCGUGGAACGACUAUUACCGCAACAAUGUGUAAUCAGCAAGCUCGUGGUCAGCCGCAUUUGCAAAGGAUUGGUUGAACGUAGCUUCUCCAAUGGAUUUGGACAACCACAGUUUGAUCCUUGCCACGCUGCUUCAAAUUUCCUUCAUUCCGUCCUAUAACGCUGCGCGUCUUUCUUCUACCUAUGAAUGUGGAUUGAAUAUCAAUAAGAAUGUUUCUUUGAUUUGAACUAACACACGACCAUCCAAACCUUAUUGGAACCGGAACCUCGUAACAUUAUGUAGACGGUAAUAUGCCUCUUCAAUACAGCAG